AGCUUCAAAGAGUGAGAAGGCAAUGACAAGACUGAGAAGGCAGCAGCUGGAAGAAGAACGCCUGAGACCUUACAUUGGCCGCGUUGAACCUGAGGAACUUUGCCAAUUACUCAAGUGCCACAAGCCUGCAGGAUCAUGGUGCCAGGUCGUUGAAGAAAAUGGGAUUCGUAUUCCAAGAUGUGUUUGCCCCAAAACCUGCCCUAGUGAUCGGGCACCAGUGUGCAGUGUACUGGGCAAAUCUUAUGAGAAUGCCUGCCUUUUUCAUAAGGAGUCAUGCAGGAAACGCCGUAGGACUGGGCUGGCCCAUCAAGGUUUCUGCAUAGCACCAUGGACAAAAUGCUCUAAAAUGGAGUUUGCCCAGUUUCCCUAUCGUCUGCUGGACUGGUUUUUAUUGCUGAGUCAAAGGGAACAUCCACAGAAGAAGAAUGGAACCAGCCUGCCACUUAACUGUCUUAGUUAUGAACAGAGAAAGAACCUUGCUGAGAGGCACUUUGCUUCCCUGGACCGAAAGAAGAAUGGAAAAUUAAGCCGGAGGGACUUGAGGAAAAUCCUCUACCGCCAUAUGCCAUUGGAGCAUUGUGCUACCAGCUUCUUCAAGUCUUGUGAUAUGAAUGGAAACAAGAAAAUCACACUUAAUGAGUGGACCAAAUGCUUGGUGGACAGAUCUGAGAACUGGUAUCAGGACUUGAUGUCGGUGAAAAUGGGCUCCAAAUCAAUAUGCCCUCAGAAUGAAAUCAUCCACUGAAAAUGGAAACACAUGAAAUGCUAUCGUCUUCCUUCAAGCCCAUCUGUAUUUAUAAUAUAAAAUCUACAUACCUGAAAGGAGUUCAACAGAACAUUAGAAAGAAGUCUUCCAUCAGAUGAGCACUUGCCAAUAUUAGAAGGAAAAACAUGGACUAUUUAUAUUGAAACCAAAUAUGGAUCCACUCAUUGUACCCCAGUCUCUUUUUUCAGGCUCAUUGCCCACCAGGAACACAAGACCAGUUGAGGUGAAGUAGCACUUCUAUAGCCUGGGCAGCUGGCAACAUUGUUACAGUAUAUGAUAUUCUCAUACAUAAAGAAUAUAACAGAUAUAAAUGUUGGAAAAUGUGUAUUGUUCAGCCAGAAUGUAAAUGUUAUGCAGUCCUUGGUAGACACAAUGCAAGCAGCAAGUGACCAAUCCAUGCAUUAUGACUACAAACAUUUAUGGAUCAAUGAGAAUUUGCUUAAAUUAAAAACUACAUUUACUAAAA